UUUAAGUAGCAAUUUGGUCUCUUUUUUUUCAACUAAAACUAAAGUGAAAUCCAGUGUUUUGUGGGCCAACGAUGUUUACAAAAUACGUGUGAACGCAUACAACUGCUUAGGAUGAAUUAUGUGAAUCGUUACCGGUAUUCAGUGGCCUACAACAUGGCAACGUAAGAUAAAUCAUGCGCUCACAACUAUUUUCAACCGCAUUACCUUACCGUGAUAACUAGGUUGACAAACAAAAACAUGUUUGUUAGUAAUAGAUGAACGACAUCUCAGUUUUCAAGGAACUCGUUUGCCAAAUGACGCACAUCAUGACAUCGAUUCCCGUAACAAAAGUGCCAAAGGCUAAAACGAAGAAGACACUUAAGCGGUUAAUGCUCGCGAAUCUCGAGGAGCCAAUUUUGCGAACUAUCGAUGAGAGGGCUGAUAAGCUGAUAGAAAACAAACUGGUCAGCUAUUUGAAAGAAUUCAAAAAUAGGGGUGAGAUCAGACGGCGAGUUAUGCUUGGAUUAAAUAGCAUAACACGUGGUGUUGAAUCCUGUAGUGAUAAUUUGAAAGUGGUUCUUCUCAAUGCCAAUGUCCGACCAGAGAGACUUGUUAUUCACCUCCAACAAUUGUGUGUUCAUAAAGGCAUUCCUGUGGCGGCAGUUCGAGCGAUGGAUAGCAUUGCAAGAGUGCUACAAAACACUGUUAAAGCAUUGAAGACAAAUAUAACCGCCGUGGGUCUCCUUGGAGGUUGCUCUCCCGAACUUGUAAAAGAAAUCAUAGGCGCUUUGCCCCCAGUGGAAGUCCAGCACGUGGAAAUAUUGUCACCAAGCCCGCCCCCACCGGCAUCACCUCCUCCGUGCCCCAAGGUUGAUUUUAGGAAAUUAUUAGUUGAGACGAAAGAUGCAGAUAUGAAAGAUCUUGCCUCCGAUACAGGAAGUGAAGAGCCAGCCGGUAACAGAUCAACCGUUGGUCGUUUCGGGACAGAUCUGGUCGACCUUACAGAAGGCUGCAUACCGUUUGUUGACUACAACAGUUUCAUUGGAAGCAAUCGAUCAUUGGAAAUGGGAAUUCGAGAACCUCUUAACCAAUACGCGCCGUCAACGUCUGGUUAUAAACCGCCGGUUUUUAAGAUGAGAUAAUGACACUUCUGGCAUACAGCUCAACGUUUUUUUGGUGUAAUGCUCGUUUAUUAUCGCUCAAUAAAGUCACAUGCUAACAUAAAUAUAACGUUCUGUUAUUAUUGACUGUAGUUUAUCUUAACGUGUCCAGUUGUGCGGCACAUAGUUCAAAAUUAUUUUCAAGAACAAUCUUUGGCGAAAAAUACUUUUCUGUA